GCUCAAAAAUAGAAGUUGACACUCAGUGCUGCGCAGUGCAACACAGUGUAAACUUUGUAAAAGUAAACAUUUGUGAAAUACAAUACUGUCGAUAUUUUAUUUUUUUGUUAUACUUAAAUAUUAAUCAUGGAGACAAUAUUAGAACAACAGCGUCGUUACCAUGAAGAACGGGAACGUUUAAUGGACGCAAUGGUGAAAGAAAUGCUCUACAAAAAAGGUGGACACCGUGAAGUAGUGAAUUCAGAGCAUCGUUUAAAAAUUCUCCUCGAUCAUUUUAUGGACAGUACAACUCAUCUACAGGAUCUUUAUGAGGAUAAAGAUGGUCAAAGAAAAGAAGAAGUUCAAGCACUUUCAGGACCCAAUGAAUUUUCAGAGUUUUACGCGCGAUUAAAAUCAAUCAAAGAAUUCUAUCGUCGACAUCCCAAUGAAAUUAGUGUACCAAUGUCAGUAGAAUUUGAAGAACUCGCAAAAAUGAGAGAGAAUCCAAGCGAGGAAUUAUCAAAUCUUGUUGAAUUUACUGAUGAGGAAGGCUAUGGAAAAUAUUUGGAUUUACACGAGUGUUACGAAAAGUACAUUAAUCUGAAAGGUGUUGAGAAGUUAGACUACAUAACCUAUCUUUCGGUGUUUGAUCAUCUCUUUGAUAUUCCCAAAGAUAGAAAAAAUGCCGAAUACAGACGUUACGUUGAAUCCUUAUUGGAAUAUUUAAGUGAAUUUCUAGCUAGAGUUCGACCUCUUCACGAUCUUAAUGCUGAUGUCGAGGAAGCAAAUAGGGAAUUUGAGAAGCAUUGGGAAAACAAUACAUUCCCAGGUUGGCCUAAGGAGGCCGGAAGUGCUUUGACUCAUGUAGGAGCACACUUGGAAUUAUCUGCUUUUUCAUCGUGGGAAGAAUUAGCAUCCUUGGGUCUUGACAGACUCAAGUCUGCUCUUAUGGCUCUCGGCCUAAAAUGCGGUGGAACACUGGAAGAAAGAGCGCAAAGGCUUUUUAGUACAAAAGGUGAAGCUAGUCUCGAUCCUGCACUGCUUGCCAAGAAAAAGCAACGGAAACCUGGAAAAGGAAAGGAUGUCGAGAAGCAGAAAGAAAUCGCCAGGCUCGAAGCACAAGUUUAUAAACUAGCAGAAUUAGUAUCAAAUCAGAGAGUUGCAACAAAGGAAAAUGUCCAAAGAAAACAAGCGCGAACAGAAGGAGAGAGAGGAGAUUCAGACGCAGAGGCAAGUGCGUCCGAUUCCGAGGACGACGAUGACAAUGAAGUUCCUUACAAUCCAAAAAAUCUGCCUCUAGGUUGGGAUGGAAAACCAAUUCCCUAUUGGCUUUACAAACUUCACGGAUUGAAUAUUAGUUAUAAUUGUGAAAUAUGUGGAAACUUCACGUACAAGGGCCCAAAAGCUUUUCAACGACAUUUCGCACAAUGGCGACACUCUCAUGGAAUGCGAUGUCUUGGUAUUCCAAACACUGCACAUUUUGCCAAUGUGACACAAAUAGAGGAUGCAUUGGUCUUGUGGGAAAAAUUGAAAGCUCAAAAACAAGCUGAACGAUGGCAACCAGAGCAAGAGGAAGAAUUUGAAGACUCACUUGGAAAUGUUGUUAAUCGGAAAACAUAUGAAGAUUUAAAACGACAAGGACUUUUGUAAAUUCUUUUUCUUCCUAUACUAUUAUAUAUAGAUUUAUUAUGGAUUAUGAUAUAUAAUAGGCAAGUAAGAUUUAUAAUUUCUCGGAUGUUUUUGUCUGAAGAAUACAGAUGAAAUGCAGUUUUGUAAUAAGAGAAAAAUAUAAUUUAUACUUUAUGUACUUUUGUACGUUGUAUUUACAAAUUAUUAGUAUGUACGUUAAAUAAAGAGUGAAUAGUGUACAAAUUGUAGCUCCCAUUUGUAACCAAUGUAAAUUUAAAUGUUAUUCGUCAGAAUUUUCAUUGUUUUAAAAUUACAUAUGCAAAAUGUCAAAUAGUU